AUGGCAGGCCAGACGAUUGAGAGGAGGCUGCGCGGAGAGGAGGAGGCGGAGGCCAGCGAGGAGCGGGAGCGGCGAGAGAGCGGAGGGGGCGAGGAGGAGGGAGGGGCGGGUGGCAGACCAGAGAAUGGAGGGCGCUGGCAGAGGCGGAGGUUCAACCGGAGGAGCGCCACAAAGGAGGCGCAGCGAGCGGAGGAAGCGGAGCCAACCAGCGACGACGUGGAAAUGGAGAGGCUCGAGGGGGAGGCGGACCUCCCAACGGGAGGCGGCGGUGGCGGCGGCGACGGCGGCGGAGCGGGCGGCAAGGCGGCCAAGGACCGCGAGCGGGUGCGCCCCGACCCUCCCACCCCCCCAGACUCCGACGCCGACUCGUCGGAGGACGACGUGGGCGGCGGUGGUCACCGCGGCCCCCCCCGCCUCGGCGGCGGCGUCGGUCGCGACGAUGCUGUCGGCGAGCUGUUCGGCGGCCACAAGCUUGCCUGCGACUACGACAGCGACAACCCCUUCGAGCGGAAGCGCGGACUGCAGCUGCGGACCUCGCACUACGCACCAGCGGCGGCGGGCGACACCGUGCACGCAGAGCUGCACCGCAAGCUCAGGGCCGCGAACCAACGAGAGGUGUGCACCCUCCUUCCCUCCCUCUCGUACAUGUACGACCUGCACACGCACCUCGAGGGCGCCCUUCCCGACGGACUCGAGCUCGUCGAGGCGCUCCUGGCCGAAGGCGAGUAUGGACCCGGCUUGCAGGCGCGCCGCUCGCACCUGCUCGUGCACGAGCCGCAGCGCCCUGCGGGCAUCUCCGGGAUCAUCUCGCUCGUCGCCAAUCGCGACCUCGAGCGGCACACGCAGGCCUUGCGACUCUUCACAGCUCAUCCUGAGGACUACGCGGCCGCGGCGUCGCUCAAGACGGAGCUCGAGGCGGCGAAGCGAGAGGCCGCCGCCGCCGCCGCAGUGAGCCAACAGCAGGCGGCCAAGCGGGAGGCCAUCGCGGCAGCGGACUACGCCGCCGCCGCCGCCCUCAAGAAGGAGCUCGAGGCCAUCCCCUCCACCGCCGCCUCCGCCUCCACCGCCGCCUCCGCCUCCGCCUCGGCCUCGGCCUCGGCCUCCGCCUCCGCCUCCGCCUCCGCCUCCGCCUCCGCCUCGGCCCCCGCCUCGGCCUCGGCCCCCGCCUCGGCCUCGGCCUCCGCCGGCGGCGGCACCGCCCCGCCGCCCGGCGCUGCCGAGGCUAGCCCCGCGGCGGCGGCGCUGACCUCAAAGGAGGGCGCGCCCGAGGCGCUGCCGCUCAUGCUGAGCCUGACCGAGCCCGCGACCGCCGAGCCCAGCUCGAGGCAGACAGAGGGCGCCGACGACGAGGGCUCGAGGAGGACUCCGCUGAGGGACACGACGCGGUGGAACCGGCGCGGCUCCGGCACGGCCCCGUCGACGUGCUCGUCCCACUUCCUCACCCCCGCGUCCGGCUCGAGCACAGCAUCCUCCGUGAGUGAGGGGGCCCUCCUCGACUGGAUGAUCUACGCGACUGCGCAAGAGAUUGCGGAGGCGCAGACGGGGCCUUGA